AUACAAUUCCUACGAGGAAAACGUUUACUAAUAAAAUACUUGUUGAAAUGUACGAAGAAACAAUGAAGAAAGUGCAGGCCGAGAUGAUGGAGGUAGAAAGUGUGGCUAUUACUACCGACAUGUGGACAAAUGUCGCUCAAGUAGAUUUUAUGGCCAUUACUGCCCAUUUUUUUUCUAACAACGCCAGAUUUCAUAGGUGUUUAGAGGUUGUGCCUUUUCCAGAAGUAAGCCAUACUGGAACCAAUUUACUGACCUUUUUAAUAAAGGUUUUGGAUCAAUGGAGUAUCAAGCAAAAGGUAGUUGCUGUGGUUAGGGACAAUGGUCCCGAUAUUACGUGUGCACUGAAUUUGUCCGAGUUCACAGCAAUCCCCUGUGUGGCACACACACUUCAAUUAGUGAUCAAAGAUGGUUUCUUUAACAAUGCCAGGAUUUCUAAUGUUGUGACCAAAUGCAAGAAAAUUGUUGGUAGCUUUAAGCAUUCUGCGAAAAACACUAAGUUACUGAAAAGUUACCAGGCUCAGUUAGGUGUCCCAAGUCACAAACUCAUUCAAGACGAACCAACUAGAUGGAAUAGCACUUUUUACAUGCUAAAACGCUUGCAUGAACAGAAGCAAGCUCUAAUUCUUGUUGGGAGCAAUCCUGAGACUAAGCUGUCCACUGAAAUUACCAAUGAAGAUUGGAAAACUAUUGAGUAUGCAGUCGACAUCUUGGAAAUUUUUGAGAAUGCAACCUUGCAGCUUAGUAAGGAAACAUCGACAAUUUCUGAGAUUAUACCAAUGAUACACACAAUUCAACAUGUAUUGGAAACUCGUGCACCUCAGGGAUCAGGACUACAAGGUCUGAAAAAUGACUUAUUAGCUUCAUUGAAGAGAAGAUUUAUGGACAUGGAGGAAAAUCGAACUUAUGCAUGUGCGACACUACUUGAUCCCAGGUAUAACACAUUUUGUUAGUUACACAAGUGUUAAGUUACCUACUGAAUUCUUUUUUACUUAGGCCUAAGUUUAGUUCA